GUCCAUAACGAGUUACGACGCUUUGCGCAAAAAGAUGGCUGAUUUGGGCAAAGACCAACAGGCUGAGCCCAGUGAGGUGGUGCCGAAGGAAAAGUACGAUCUUCUCUUCAAGCUGUUGCUAGUAGGGGACAGUGGUGUUGGAAAAUCUAGUGUAAUCAGGAGGUACAGCAACGAUGCUUUCACCACCCCUUCCAUUUCCCCCAUUGGAGCUGAUUUUACAAUCAAGACCAUAGAGAUGGAGGGUAAAAGAAUACAGUUGCAGAUAUGGGAUACUCCAGCAUUUGAUCGUUAACCGAUUUCGACGGCAGUUACUACAGAGGAGCUAAGGGAAUCAUUCUUGUUUAUGACAUCACAGAUGCGGACUCAUUUACAACCUUCCGGAGUGGCUCAGUGAGAUUGAGAGGG